AUGCGCAAACCGGCACAGAGCCUCAGCUAGCUUCUCGCUUCGUUCAGUGAAUUUAGACUCUGAGCUUUUAGCUGACUGUUAAAAACAGUUAUUGUUUAACAGAAAGUCUUUUCCACCGAGCGGGAUUAGAGUGACCGAGGCGUGAAAGAAUAUGCCCAAAAAUAAAGGUAAGGGAGGAAAGAAUCGGCGACGUGGAAAGAACGAGAAUGAGUCCGAGAAGAGGGAGCUGGUGUUCAAAGAGGAUGGACAAGAAUACGCUCAGGUGAUCAAAAUGCUGGGGAACGGACGUCUGGAGGCCAUGUGCUUUGAUGGCACCAAGCGGCUUUGCCACAUCAGAGGAAAACUCCGGAAAAAGGUUUGGAUCAACACGUCAGACAUCAUCCUGGUCGGACUGAGAGAUUACCAGGACAACAAAGCUGACGUCAUCCUGAAGUACAACGCAGACGAGGCUCGCAGUUUGAAAGCCUACGGAGAGCUGCCAGAGCACGCCAAAAUCAAUGAGACAGACACCUUCGGGCCCGGAGACGACGAAGACAUCCAGUUCGACGACAUUGGCGAUGAUGAUGAGGACAUUGAUGAUAUCUAAAGACGUGCGACAAGAGGGGGGAAGCUGGGAUUUUACUCGAGAUGAACAGAUACGCCGCACCAAUAAUGAUUAUUUUUUAUUAAGAUCAGCCUAUGCCAAUCCAAUACAGUUUAUUAAUAUACAGUGUGUUUCAAUUUGUUAGUUUUUUUUCAACCAUCAGUAGACAUCUGUGUUUUUUGGAGAACUCUAAGUGCAUUUCAAGGUGGAAAAAAAAAAAAAAAACAUCAGUACUUUCAGUUUAUUGUGAACAUGAAUGAUGCCGCUUUAGCGAGACUCUCAUGUCUCACUCGUAGCAUCUGGAGGGCGAAGCAGCAGGCUGCCAGACAGUUUGCUCGCAGUUGGAUUGGAGGCUGAUCACCAGCAUCACAUCUAGGGUGAAUAUCUGGAGCACCGCUUAGAUUUUCACCUAUUUUUUUUUGCUUCUAACAUCAACAGAAUGGCAAAUUUGCCAUCUCAUUCAGAGGUUUUCUUUCUUUAUUUUAAAUUCUUUCUGUAUUUUGGUGUAAAGGAACUCUCGCUUGAUUAUUUAGAGGCUCAGGCCGACACCAUGACUGCAAAAUAUCUCUCACCGCGUCCUCUUUUUAACAAGAAAUGUAUUUAUAUUGAUUUCACGCUACGUGGAAUCUGAAGUACAGAAUCUCUGGAUUCACUAAUAAAAAAGAUAAACCAUUUUGUUUUUUUGUUUUCAUUUGGCGGUCGUGUGUUAUUGUAGCCUGCGAGACAGUUUAUAAAGUUUUCUGACAGUUUAAAAGCUGUUUUAUUAAUAACAGAAGAAAGAUAACAACACUUGAGUAUGCCUCUGUAUCCUUUUUGUUUACGUCAUAUAACAAUGAACUCGUUCGGGGUUGAACCAUGCCUCCCCAGACAUUUAAGAAGACUCAAAAUGUAUUUUUCUAUAGUUUCCCUUAUUUGUGUUUCCGUCUGUUUUUGUUUCCAUGUUCUGUUUGAACUCUUGGCUGCUCGUUCUGUGGCUUCAUCUCACGGUGAAGCUUCGGCCCGGUCGGCCUCUCUGUCUCAUGCUAGACCGGCGGUUCCCAAAUCUUUCAGACUGUAAUACCUCAGAUCAGCUCAGAGCACACGUUCUCUGACCCUCUACGAAAUCUAAUAAGUGAUAUAUAUAGUACUUUAUGCUCCCCCACCCCCCUCCUCUGGAAACUCCACGUGUUUUCCCUGAGGAGGCCUAGCACCUCAGUUUGGGAACCACUGCUCUAGACCACAUGGGACCUGUUGCUGCUGUUGCUGUAACUCUGACUUAAUAAAAAAAAAUGUACCAUGAUGUUUGAAGGCUGGGUUUCCAAUAAAGAUCUUAACUCCA